AUGCGUCUCAAAUUUUACUCACAAUUUUUCCAUCAAUCUGUUCGUGACAAAUGGGGAAGAUGGAAUGCUUUCAGCUCUCGAUCAUCAGACCCAUUGAUUAAAAGUCGAGAGAUCUUAUCCACUCGUCUAUACAUCACUCUCGUGAUCAUUUCUUUCGUCACUUUAACCACGUAUACGAUGAUUAUCGAUCGAAUUGAGAACAAAAGUGUGCCAUUUCCAAGCCAAUCCAAGUACUUAGUCUUGCAAAAGAAGUAUGCGAAUAAUCUUCAAUGCUCGUGCACUGGAAUCGCAAUUCUACACAAAAACUUUGUCGAAACAAAAUCGAUAUUUCACCAGGUGUGUUCAAGUGAAUUUCUUUCGCAACAAUGGAUCGAUUUGGUGUUCAAAGUAGAUUCAACCUCUAUUUAUCCAAUCGAUCUUCGAACAAGUUUAAGUGCAAUGUGGCAAUUGGUUCGAUCAUUUUGUCAAAGUGCAAACACUGCAAUUCUGGAUAUACUCAAACAGUUUCAUAACUCACCAUUGCUGAGUUCUGUGCUAUUGACGGAAGAGUUGUUGAAAGCAUCCGUUCAAACUACUUUACAUUCGCUACGGCAAACCAUAUCGUCGAGUUUUAUUCAAUCAGUGAUUAUUCCACAAAAAAUGGCACAAGCCAAUCAAUUGGUAACAGCUUUAUCAACAAAUUAUAUUCCUGUAACAAAAGAAUAUGGACAUAUAACUGAGCGUUAUCCAUCUUAUGACAUUGGAUCCUUGGAAGUAUCGACUUACAUUGGAAUGUUCGAAAAUAAAUUUAUAUUACAAAAUUCAUCGGUAACUUGUUCUUGUAAGAACAACGUCUCGUGUCCUCUGCCUGGCAGUUUUUACAACUAUAGUAGGUUAGACAAACUUGGAACUUAUGACAUGAACAAAAUUCAACCGGUUACUACGUUACCGGGCCUUAUCAUCGAUUGUUUACCAAUUCAAUCGACAUUUUUGUCAACAUUAGAAUGUUUCUAUAAUCAAACAUGCUUAGAACUUCUUCUCUCAUUUUACUCAACUCAAACCAAUUUUUCCGUUCUCGACAAAAUUUUACCGAGUCGUUUCAACUUAACUACAAAAAUCGAAUAUCUGGUCAGCGAACUUUUUGUGGAGAAAAUUUUCAACGAAAUAAACUACAGCAAAUAUUAUGCUGAAUGCAAGCCAAAUGUCUGUCGCUAUAGUUAUUUAAACCGCUUCAAUUGGUUUUAUCUUAUUACCAUUCUUCUUGGACUUUUUGGAGGUAUAACAGCGGUAUUGCGCAUCGUUACUCCAUAUAUCAUUCAGAUAUAUUUCUUUAUAAAAGCUCGUUUAUGUUCGAAACAAGCACGAAGCAUCCGCGACGAUCAAAGUGUCGUCUCCAAUCAAAAUCGAUUAAGAAAUCUUUUCCAGCAAAUUGAAAGUCAAAUCAUGAAUUUGAAUAUUUACUCAAGUAGUUCGCAAGAUCAAACUCGUAUAUACCGUGACAUUCUCUCCACCUGGUUAUACAUCAUUCUAUUAUUAGUUUCCAUCUGUAUAAGCAUUUUCUAUUCCGAUUUGUCAUCUCAAACAGUCAAAGAAACCAUUCCGUAUCCAACCAUCGAACAAUAUACAGAAUUAUACAAACAAUAUUCAACAGAUCUAGCUUGUCCGUGCACAAACAUAUCAAUACCUUAUGGUAAAUUCCUGACAGUUCAAGUGAAAUAUCAUCAGAUAUGCUCGAGUGAUUUCAUUCAAUCCUGGUGGUAUGAACGUUUUACGCCUAAAACAUCUCUUGACAUUGAAAUGAAUUUUGUUUCGUUCGCUUCAUCAUACUUUCAAACGUUAGCUGCAUUUUGUGAACUCGCGAAUGUUACAGUACAAGAUGUCAUUCAACGGUUUUUGACAACGACUUUUGUUGAUGCACAACUCAUAUCCAACGAGACAUUUGCUUUGACAUUUCAGUCUCCAAUACAUUCCCUAAUGGAAUUAACACGGAUUGAAUUAGCCAAUGCUAUCUCGCUAGCGAACACUACGCUGCAUGGUAACCAUUAUUUGAGUAAUAUGAGAACAAGCACUUCUCUUUGGCCGCAAUUGUUCCGAAUCGAUGGAAAAUAUUUAAUACGUAUAAUCUCUUCUCAAUUGUUUAGUGUUGAUGUAAAAAAACAAAUAUGUUAUUGUAUUUAUGACUCGACCUGCAUAGUAGAUUAUAUGCUAAUGCUCCAGUCGAUAUCCACGAUUGUUAACUGGCAACUUGAAGGGAUACAUGGAGGUUGUACCGUGAUUGAUUCGGUAUUGAAAUCAUCAAUGAUGUGCUGGUUUAAAAAAGGAUGUGUGACUCGAUUGCAAAUACAUAAUUCAAAUAGGAACACGUCGAACGCUUUGCCAAUACGGUUACUUGAUCGAAGUUUAUCUAGUCGAUAUUCUCCGGAUGCGCGAAUUGAAAACAUUUUAAAUGAUAUUAUGAUUGAAAAUUGGAAUUUCUCUCAUUCAUUCGACAAAUUUUAUCACGAAUGCAAACCUAUGUCUUGUACAUUCACUUACGAGAAGAAAACGAAUGUUGUCUACAUCGUUACGGUUCUUGUUAGCCUUAUUGGGGGAAUUAAUAUAAUUCUUCGAUGGAUUUCUCGAAUCAUUAUCACCAUCGUAUUGAAAGCCAUUGUUGCGUUGAAAUAUAAACGAUUAAUGCGAACACGAAUCGUAAAACAAGACGAGAACAGAACCAGGGGAAUUGGAGGCAAGAUUAUGAGUAUUUUGCAUGAGUUUAAAAAUAACAUUUUGAUGUUAAAUAUCUUUCACAAUGAAUCGAUUGAUAUCGAGUCCAUUCGUCGUCAACGAAUAUCAACACGAGCUUACUUAGUCAUCUUUUCGAUGUCGGUUUACAUCAUAGCUAUCUAUUUUAUAUAUUCUAACACAACGGCAGUCCAAUCGGUACAAAAACCUUCAGAAGAUGACUAUGACAAAUUGUUCAUGUCGUAUGCGAGUUCGUUGGAUUGUCCGUGCAAGAAAAUAUCGAUCGACUACAAGCAUUUUGUCGGAAUCACUAGAAAAUUUCAUUCGGUAUGCUCGAGUGAUUUUACCACUAAAAACGAAUGGCUUGAUUAUUUGUCUCGUCGAACGCAUGCGGACCUACGCGAUCGACGCGAUGUUCGUGGAAAUGGUCAAGCAUAUUUUUCGCUGCUUUCGACUCUAUGCCAGAUAGCAGAAACUGCAGUUGAAAAUGCAAAUAAUCGAUUUCUUCAUAGCGCAUUUAUCAAUAUCCAUUUGAUACCGAAAGCUGAUUUUCAAAACCAAAUUGAAAGCACUUUCUUACAAUUUCGAAGUAUAACUCUAGCAAAAUUCGCUCGAACUUUACAACUCACGCGUGAUGUUCUGAAUGGAAAUGCUUUCGUGUCUUCCCAUUCUCUCAAUUGGGAAUGGUGGAGAGAUUUAUCUCGUGAUUUCUACACCCUACCGGCGCGACCAGUUGUGACUGAAAACGGAUGUUCUUGUGGAACACGAAGUGAUUGUACCCAGUCAGGAGGAGUUUACAAUGCAGUAGAUCAGUAUCAAGUGUUCGCAAUGCCUGGUUUGAAUAUCGGAUGUUCAGCUGUUGAAACACUAUUACGUUCGACAUUGGAAUGUUUAUAUGAACAGAAAUGUAUUGAUUCAUUAGUACAUCAUAUUGCAACGAAUUCAGGUGGAAAUCCUCGAAUAAAUAUGUCAAGUAUCAAUUCUUCAAUGUCAAGUCGUUUUCAAAAGAAUACAAGUAUUAAAUAUAUUAUAGAUGAAUUAUUCAUGGAAGACUGGCACAUCAAUAGUUCUUAUUCGUCGUUUUACAAUCAAUGCGCACCAGUUACAUGUUCAUACAAGAUUCAAGUUGAUGAUUAUGUUAUUUAUACGACUUCGAAAAUUUUAGGCUUUUAUGGCGGAUUAACUGUUACUUUACGGUUUAGUAUUCCGAUUAUAGUUGGAUUGAUUUUCCACCUACGAGAUAGAUGUCGAAGAAAUACAAUUAAUCCCGCUGAUUGA